AUGUCAAUAUCAACAGCACUUGAAGAUCAUCAUAAACAGUUAAUACAAUAUUUUCUUCAUGAUGGCGCUUAUAAUCAAAAGGAACUGAUUGAUCUUAUAAGUGCUCUACGUGAUCGAUAUGAAUUAAGAAUAAAAGUUAAAGAUGAAAUUCGUGCAUUUACGGAAGGCUUAUUACCAUUAAUUAAUAAACAUAUUAAUCAAUAUGGCAUUGAAAUAAAACAAGUCACAAGUGAAGAACAUGAAAAUGACAUUUACUAUGUAUGUACACAAAAUUUUAAACCACAAUUUGUUAAAAUGGAUACAUCAUAUACAGAAAAAGAAGCUGCAAUUUUUGAAAAAUUAUUGGAAUUGGCUAUAACCAAUGAUGAAAAAUGUGUAGCACCACGUGAUGUAUUCGAAUCGAUUCUUGCAAAUGACUUAAAAAUGACACAAAAAGAAUUCGGUGAAACAAUGACACGUUUUCAUCGUGACAAAUGGAUUGAAAGUGGUCCAAACAAUAGCGUUAUACUUCAUGCUCGAGCUUUAUUAGAAAUGCAAUCAUUUAUUACGGAUACCUAUCGAGAUUAUAUUUACAAUUGUCAAAUAUGUACUCGCCUUCUUGUUCGAGGAUUAAAUUGCUCAAAUAGCUCGUGUGAUAUACAUAUGCAUCGUUCAUGUGCCGCUCAAUAUUUUCUUCGUUUAUCGAAUGUAACUAAUAAUGCUGCAACUAGAAAAACUACUUAUCCGUGUCCAGUGUGUAAACAAGAAUGGAGCAAAGAUGAUGUUACUAGCGUAUUAAAAGUGAAUCAUGCCAAUGAUGAGAACAAUGAUUCUCGGCCAUCAACUGGUAUGACUCAUAAAAAACAACGAACAACGACAACAGCCGAUAAUAAUGAUAGUACAAACAAUCGAUCUGUUCGAUCGAAACCACGUCGAAUUGUCAACGAAAGUGAUGACGAUGAUGAUGAUAAUUAG